AUGGCUGACCUGGAAGCCAAUACGCCUUCAAUCGGAAAUAAUGACCAUCUUCCAGACGUGAAGUCGAGUGAGAAUGGCACGGAUGUUAGUUGUCAUGCAGAGACGAAGCAGCUGUCAGCUUUUAAACAGCUUGGAAUCUUGGACCGCUUUCUCGCCAUCUGGAUUUUCUUGGCUAUGGCAAUUGGAAUCAUUCUAGGCAACUUUGUGCCGAAUACAGGAGAGGUACUGGAGAAAGGAAAGUUCGUGGGUGUAUCUGUACCCAUAGCUGUUGGUCUGUUGGUUAUGAUGUACCCAAUCUUGUGCAAGGUUCGCUUUGAAACGCUGCAUCGAUCAUUUCGUACGAAGGCACUCUGGGUCCAAAUUGGUUUCAGCAUAGUCGUGAAUUGGAUUGUGGCACCUCUCUUUAUGCUCGCAUUGGCUUGGGCGUUCCUUCCAGAUCAGAGAGAGCUACGAGAAGGUUUAAUUCUUGUGGGAAUUGCGCGAUGUAUCGCAAUGGUGCUUAUUUGGACUGGACUGGCAGGUGGAGAUGGAGAUUUCUGCGCGAUCCUGGUAGCGAUCAAUUCUGUGCUACAGAUGGUGCUAUUUGCCCCCUUGGCUAUAUUUUUCAUCCAAGUUAUCAGCGAUGACGACAUCACGCUCAGUUACUCUCUCGCCGCCAAAAGCGUUGGCGUCUUUCUUGGUAUCCCGCUGGGCGCUGCGAUCGUGACUCGUCUCAGCCUGCGCACUACACUUGGAGGAAAGUGGUACGACGAGAAAUUUGUGGCGUGGAUCAGUCCACUAUCACUCAUCGGCUUGCUGUUCACGAUUCUGGUUUUAUUCGCAUCGCAGGGCAAACAAGUGGUACAUCAAAUCGUGUCCGUGGUCCGGGUGGCGGCCCCCUUGGUCGUCUACUUUUCGGUGAUCUUUUUAGCCACUCUAAUGGUGACUCGACGAUUUGGCUUUGGGUACGAAUUGUCCUGCACACAAAGCUUCACGGCGGCGAGUAACAACUUUGAGCUGGCGAUCGCUGUGGCGAUCGCGACCUUUGGCGCGGACAGCAACCAGGCCUUGGCGGCCACCGUUGGGCCGUUGGUGGAGGUACCGGUUUUGCUAAUGUUGGUAUAUGUGGUGAAGUGGUAUGGCAAGCGGCGUCAUUGGUAG